AUGCGUGCACUUCGAUAUCACGGAAACAAGGAUGUCAGACUUGAUGAUGUUCCCGAACCCGAAUGCAAGCCCGGCUGGAUCAAGUUGAAGAACGGAUUUACUGGGAUCUGUGGGACUGAUCUCCAUGAAUAUGCCACCGGACCGUCAUGGGUACCUACCACCCCGCACAGCCUGACGGGAGCGACAUUGCCAUGCACGUUGGGCCACGAAUUCUCCGGCACGAUCGUGGAAGUUGGAGAGGGGGUUUCGGGGUUCCGAGUGGGCCAAAAAGCCACGAUUGAACCCUGCAUUGCCGAUGCCACCUGUGCAGAGUGCAAGGAGGGCUUCCCCGCCAUGUGCGGCAACCUCGGUGUCGUGGGCUUCAGCGGCUGGGACGGCGGUGGCGGGAUGGCUGAAUAUAUCUGUCUGCCGCCCAAGAAUGUCCAUGUGGUUCCCGACAGUAUGUCCCUCGAGGUGGCCGCUCUGACGGAGCCGCUGACCGUUCCGUGGCGGGCCAUCAAAGCCUCGGGCUUCAAGGCGGGCCAAAGUGUGCUGGUUAUUGGAGCAGGUCCUAUCGGCCUGAUGACCAUCCUCUGCCUUCAGGCGUUCGGGGCAACCAACAUCCUCGUGUCGGAUCCGUCAGAGGGACGGUUAGAACUGGCACGAAAGUUGGGGGCUCACCAUGUUUUCGACCCGAGAAAGGACGACGUGGAGCGCGGCUGUAAAGACCUGUGCGACGGAAGAGGUCCGCACGUGGUGUUCGAAUGUGCCGGCGUCCAGAAUUCAUUGAAUACCGCCAUUGCUGCGGUGCGGAAGGGGGGCACCAUCCUGGGUUUGGCAUUGUGGGAGACCAAAGCCGUCUUCGAUCCCAACCACAUAGUCUUGAGACAAAUCAAGUACAUGGGUAUCCUUCCUUACGUUCCGGGUGACUUCCAGGAAGUCAUCCGCGCCAUUGCAGAAGGCCGGAUUCGCCAACCUGAAAGACUCAUCUCCGCCAAAAUCCCGGUGGAGGAUGUGGUGUCGAAAGGGUUUGAGGCUCUGCUCCACAACAAGAGCGAUACUAUCAAGGUUCUGGUGCAACCUGUUACUAGCGGAUAG